GCGCACGCGUGUAGGUUACCGGCUCACUCUGUGGUGAGUGUUGAACUUCUGCUAUCCCGCUGCUCGUGGUGAUAAGAGAUUCCGCGUUGUUUUUUGCUAUUUACCACACUGCAUUUGGAGACUGUGGACCAUGAGCUGCCCCGAAGAAAGCUGACAAACCCAGGCUUGUGACAACCGCUGCGCAAGCGCUGUGUGAAGCAAGCCUACGUCAUCGUGCGCUACGCAGCCUACCUGUCAAUGGCUGCGUAAUUAAUCAUGCGCGAAGCCGAUGGUCUCUGUGAGGCUGCAGCUGAUUGGAGGAAAAACAGCGUCAUCACGUGUUUGCAGAUAAAUUUCUUUCAAACAUGACCAACCGCCAGCCCAAGGCAAAGAGCCAUAUCGAGGAGGCCGAGGGCCCGGAUGGAGGAUGGGGCUGGGUGCUGGUCGGUGCCCUGUUCGUCAGCACGAGCCUCGUGUUCGGCCUGAUGCGCAGCUUGGGGAUCUUCUUUGUGGAAUUCGUGCAGUACUUUGAUGAGAGCGCUCAGGCCAUCUCCUGGAUCUCGUCCACGGGCCUGGCAGCGCAGCAGUUCUUCAGUCCGCUGGGUGCAGCACUGUGUAAUGCGUAUAAUGCCCGGGUGGUGGUGAUGACAGGGGGGUGUCUCGCUGCUGUCGGCCUCAUUCUGGCCUCGCAGGCCACCUGUCUUGUUCACCUCUACCUCACUAUGGGUGUCAUUUCAGGUCUGGGCUGGGGGCUGGUCUUCACUCCCAUGGUGGCUACAGUCAUGGCUCACUUCACCCAGCGGCGCACCCUGGCGUUGGGACUGGGGUUCGCCAGCAUCGGCCUCUCCUCCUUCGCUUUCAACCCGCUGUUCCAGCUGCUGGUCGAGACGUACGCCUGGCGAGGGGCCCUUCUGAUUUUGGGGGGCCUCAGCCUCAACAUCGUGCCCUGUGGGGCUCUCAUCCGUCCACAGCGACGAUCUGAAGCCCCGGCAAAGGUUGACUCAGAGAACAGUCCUCCGCGUACUUCGAUGCUGCAACGAGUCUCGUCCUACCUGGAGCUGUCGCUGCUCUUCGAGAGGCCAUAUGUCACCUACACCUUGAGUGUCACUCUUCUUAACGUGGGCUACUUUGUGCCGUAUUUCCACCUAGUGGCUCACAGCCGCCAAGCUGGUUUCUCGGAGUACCAAGCCGCUUUCGUCAUGUCAGCCGCUGGCGCUUCAGACAUUUUGGGCCGCAUAGCGUCAGGCUGGUUCUCUGACCUGCGUCUUUUUCGGCUGAUUCAUGUACUGAGCAUGUGGACGACGCUGGCGGGAGUGUUCAUCAUGCUGCUGCCUGUGGGCUCCUUGUCUGGUUCCUACUCUGCGCUGAUCGUGAUCAGCCUCCUCUACGGCUUCUGCUCCGGGGCGCUGACCUCUGUGGUGUUCGCGGUGCUGCCCAUAAUUGUGGGCGUGGAGCGCACGAUGGGGGCCCUCGGGUUACUGCAGCUCAUCGAGAGCAUCGCCGGACUGCUGGGGACACCUCUGUCAGGGUUUCUCAAGGACAUCACAGGCAACUACAUCGCUUCCUUCAUGGUAGCGGGUGGUUUCCUCAUUCUCGGCACUUUGACGCUGGCCACUCUGCCUCACUACUUCUCCUGCACAGAUCCGCCACCUCCUCAAAGAGGGUCCCUCAACAGGAAGGAUAAGGGUUCACAUACGGAGUUGGAGCAGAUGAGUAGUUUGCCUCCUGACCCAAAUCAUAGAGGAGUUUAAUGAUCAUCUUGUGAAAUAACCAGCCUCAAUAACCUGCAAGGCUGUGGAGUUUAAGGGUCCGGGAGCUUUGUUCAAUGCUCCUCAGUCCAGCCAGUAUGACGAUGGAGCCGACCUGAAGACCCCAUCAGUUUGUAGCUGUCAUACCUCAGAGAUUCAGACCCAAAAGUGAAGAAAAGAAGCUCACUGUGAAAACUCUGACAUCCUGAAGGGGCCAGUGAGCUCCUCACACACUGUCACCUCAGUUUUAAAGUUUAGACCACUACACUCUGCCUUAAAAGGAAACACUGGGCAUUUAAAUGCGUCAUUUAGCAGUACACAGAGGUGUGUACUGUGCACACUUGCAAGACAGGAAAUGUGAAGGGAAAUGUUUUCUUUUUGUUAUUGUAUUACAUGCAUCAUCGUGUUUUACUACAAAACCAAAAAACAGAAAACUAUCUUAUUGCCCUGCCUGUUCAUGUGAAUGUAAAAUGGAAAUCUGAUUCUGCUGCUGGAAAACUGAGCAGCAUAUUUCAAUUUUGCACGUACAAGAUUAGUCGACAGUUUAGCAUGGCUGGAUCAGUUCACACCUGGGCCUCUGUCCCUCCUGCUGUGCACCGUCACCUCCAACUAACUGUGAGGUACGUAAUAUGACAGUAUUUUUCAUAAACACUUUACAGAUGAGUAAAGGACAAUAUCGCUGAAAUAAUAAGAUUUAAAAUUUUUUUAAGACCAUAUUAAAGCAGGACUUGUCUCAAGCCUCAGAUAGCAUUGUGCUUUAUGGGUGUAUAUUCCAAAGAUGCACAAAAAACAAAUUAUUGUCACACUAGUGUGUAAUUUUUAGAUUUAUUAACGAAUUCUUAAUGAUCGCCGUUAACACUGAUUAAUUAUGAACUGCAGACACCAGUGCUGUUUGCAGCAGCUCUCCCUCAGACUCAGGACUUUCCACACCACACUGGUGGAGAAACGUUUCUGGGCAGGAAGACUAAGUGUACUUAAAACUGAGACUGUGUUUGUUAAUUGGAGAUGUUUUGGCUUGAAGAACAGCUGAAUUAACAGCAGGUUCAUAGGACAGAGACAACACGGCAUAUCAUGUGACUCCAAGUACGCCAUUUCGUCAUACUGGCAGCUGCUGAAUUGUUUUUGAAGCUUCGGUAAUUGUCCAUAGGUGGAAAAUAGUUUUCUUGUUUGGCCGUUUGUGGUUCAAAUCUGUUGUUCUACUCUUAAGACCUACUACUGAAACAUCCAGGCUGCAACCUGACACUGUUAUAUGUUAUAAUGUGGUAUUUUGUACUCAGCAUUAUUAAACAGCAACCUGUUUUGGUUUAAUGCAUUA